UUAGUUUUAUUCUAAGGGUUGGUUGAAAAUUGAUGUCAAUAGCGCCGUUGUGUUGCUUCAGCAGAUGCCUCGCCGCACCGAGGUCAUUAUUUCCGCAAAGUGCACCCAACGAUAGAUUGUAGACCUAAUGUAUCAGAGAAUUGCAGUAAUAAUACCGAGGUAGCCUCCGCGCGGCUGGCACGAUUACUCACACGUCCACCGUGGCGUGAGUGCCACGACCAGGAAAUCACGAUCGGCCCAUCAAAGCUUAAUCAUAUCUUGAAACACGAUAAAUAGGAUUUUAAAUUAAUUAACGGGAAGUAAUCGCAUAAUCAAUUAAUCUACGCGAUUAAGGUUUAUUCGGUGUUAGAAUUUCGCUUGAAAUUGUCGUGUUUUGAAUUAAAAUGGUGAUUAAAAAGAUUUGCUGUCUGGGAGCGGGGUACGUCGGCGGGCCUACCUGCAGCGUUAUAGCUCUAAAAUGCCCGGACAUUACAGUGACUGUGUGCGAUAAAAGUGUAGAUCGUAUAAACCAGUGGAAUUCAGAGAAAUUACCAAUUUAUGAACCUGGGUUAGACGAUGUUGUGAAGGAAUGCAGAGGGCGGAAUCUAUUCUUUUCUACAGAUAUAGCAACCAGUAUCCAAGAAGCCGAUUUGAUAUUUAUCUCUGUUAACACUCCUACAAAGACCAUCGGUAAUGGAAAAGGUCGCGCCGCGGAUUUGAAGUAUAUAGAGGGUGCUGCGCGUAUGAUCGCCGAUAUAGCCACUAGCAACAAGAUAGUGGUCGAAAAAAGCACUGUACCUGUCAAAGCUGCGGAGAUAAUUAUGAAAAUAUUACGCGCGAACACAAAACCUGGCGUCAACUACCAAAUAUUGUCUAAUCCGGAGUUCCUGGCUGAAGGUACGGCUAUAGUUGACUUGGUAGAAGCUGACCGAGUCCUAAUUGGUGGUGAAGACACACCCGAUGGCCAGCGAGCUGUGCAGGAGCUCUGCUGGGUAUAUGAGCACUGGAUACCCGCUAAGAACAUCCUGACAACAAACACUUGGAGUUCCGAGCUAUCUAAACUUGCUGCAAAUGCUUUUCUUGCACAGAGAAUCUCUAGUAUCAACUCUCUGACAGCUGUCUGCGAAGCUACCGGGGCUGACGUGUCAGAGGUGGCCAGGGCUGUCGGUAGAGACUCCCGAAUCGGUCCCAAGUUCCUAGAAGCCUCCGUAGGCUUUGGAGGCAGCUGCUUUCAAAAAGACAUCCUCAAUCUAAUCUAUUUAUGUGAAUGUCUCAACUUGCCAGAAGUAGCUGCUUAUUGGCAGCAAGUUAUCAGUCUGAAUGAUUACCAAAAGACCAGAUUCACUCGGAAAGUUAUUGAAUCACUCUUCAAUACAGUUUCAGAUAAAAAGAUAGCUAUACUUGGCUUCUCAUUUAAGAAAAACACUGGUGACACUAGAGAGUCUCCCGCCAUACUCGUUUCCACAACAUUAUUAGAUGAGGGAGCCAAACUGCACAUCUAUGAUCCGAAAGUAGAGAAAGAACAGAUGCUAUAUGAACUAACGCAUCCAUCUGUAACGUCUGAGCCGGAAUCGGUAAAGAAGAAUGUUGAAAUUCAUGACUCAGCGUACUCAGCGGUCACGGGAGCACAUGCUAUAGUGCUUUGUACAGAAUGGGACGAGUUUAAAGAGCUGAAUUAUAAGAGGAUAUUUGAUGUGAUGAUGAAGCCAGCGUACUUGUUUGACGGGAGGAAGAUAUUGGACCACGAUGCACUGCUGGAGAUCGGGUUCCAUGUUCAAACUAUUGGUAAAAGGCUAUCACGGUCGAGCAGCAUCAGGGCACAGGGCAGCCAGACUUCAUAGAAAGUGCAGCCAGCAGCGGGGCAGGGCCCAAGCUGCCGGUGGUCAGGGCCGCAGAGAGAGGAACCGCCGGACUAUCCGCGCCGUGCUCAAGAUCACCGCCUUCUGCAUAGCGACAGUCUCUCAAGGUGUUGGUCUCUAGACUCUUCGCUAUGAGACCGUUCGCUGAAACGACUAUUGGGACAAUGAUCGUCGAAUCAACAUCCCACAUGACGGUUAUCUCGUGAGUAAAGUCUAGGUACCUACUGGACUUGUCCUUCUCGGCUUUCACGAGAUUCUCAUCAUGGGGGAUGUUGAUAUCGACGAGCACGGCCCGGCGUUGCGAUCAAUCUAUUAUUGGCGUUCUCAGUUUUAAUCAUGUCAGGCGUGUUGGCUACAAUAGUCCUGUCAGUAAUUAUUAUUAUUAUUAAAUCCUUUAUUUCAGGCAAAACCCAUAAAAAUGUUAGUAUUACACAACAUAACUGACAAGACUAUUGUUAGUACAUACAGAGAUCACAACACACAGACAUAACCGGAUGAGCAUAAAAUAAUAAAAUGUCAAUAACUUAUCUCUACAGUAAUUUAAAUUGUCCAUUAAACAAUAUAACAUAACAAUUACAAUUAAGAUAUUACAAUUAAACGCAUUAAAUUAAAUUUUGAAAAUUAUAAAAUGUAUAGAAUUAAAAUUAAAUUUCGUCAAAUAAUAAUAAUAAUUAAAACAUGUCACCAAUCAAAAUUUACAAAAGUAGUGUGAAGGCUGAUCCAUCUUUUUAACGUGGGUGAGUCCCACCUGUCGGCAAACACCUUCAGAAGACUACUAGGGCUCCCCCGCAUCCUUUCCCACAGUGCGGCGCAGCGCUUCCUCAUGAUCGCAUGAAAACCAUCAACCCCCGCCUCCGUAAACAUGCCCGAAGCGCUGCACCUCCGAUGAAGCCCCAGCAAUGUUCUAAACGCGUUAUUAUAUUGCACACGAAGUGCGCUGUACGUCCUCUGCGCAUAAUUGACCCAGAGAUUGCAGGUGUAAAAGCACUGGCAGUAUGCCCGAAAGAGCGUUAGCUUUACUUCUCUAGUACACUUUGCAAAUCUCCGAGCCAACAUAUUGCAGCGGACGGACAGCGCCCUUCUCUCCCUAUCUAUAUCCAUGUUAUCAGAGAGGUCUUCAGUGACCCAGUGGCCCAGAUACUUAAAAUGCUUAGCUCGGCUUAAAUGAGUGCCACAUAGAGCAAUUGGUGGCACAACCUCGUACGUCUUAGUACCGGCCUUGAAGAUUAGGAAUUCACUUUUCUUAGCAUUAUAUCUGAGCCCAUGGUCCACUGCAUACCUCUCACAAACACCGAGCAAGUUUUGCAAUGCGCCGAGAGAUGGCGUGAGCAGCACCAUGUCGUCUGCAUAGCUGAUAUUGUUAAUAUAAACUCCAUCAACCGAACUCCCGACUUUGGUGCCGCUCAACUUCUCUAUCAAACCGUUGAUGUACAGGUUGAAAAGCCGGGGAGAGCCCCCCCUGUCUCACCCCGCACUCCAACCCGUACUCCUCCGAGAGAACACCCGCCCAUCUCACACAGUUUCUCUGGCUAUGGUACCAGUAUUUCAGGAGAGAGAUUACCUCUGACGGUAGCCCUGCUAUUUCCUGAACUUUUUGCCAUAGGAUUUUAUAUGAAACGAGGUCGAUCCCAAUAGAGCGUGGCACGACUAUUUCCGAGAACUGGCGCAGGUGAGUACUUGUAGUACGGUUCUUCGCGGUCCACAAGUUAGUUAUUUAUUUAUUUAUUAAACGUGAUCCACUCCACCGCACAUAAGGCUAAUAAGCUCCUAAAAUAUACGUUCAUGUAAUAUCAGAAUGGGUUUUCCUUGCGGUAUUCAUAUCAGCUAUUUUAUUUGCUUUCUGAUAACUAUAACCGGAUCCGGACUUUCCGCUUUUUAGGGUUCCGUAGUCAACUAGGAACCCUUAUAGUUUCGCCAUGUCCGUCUGUCUGUCUGUCUGUCUGUCCGAGGCUUUGCUCCGUGGUCGUUAGUGCUAGAAAGCUGAAAUUUGGCAUGAAUAUAUAAAUCAAUAAAGCCGACAAAGUCGUACAAUAAAAUCAAUUUUUUUUAGGGUACCUGCCCUACACGUAAAGUGGGGGUGAAUUUUUUUUUUGCUUUAACCCUACAGUGUGGGGUAUAGUUGGAAAGGUCUUUCAAAACUAACAGGGGUCUUCUCUUCAUCAAACACUUUUUGAUAAAGUGAAUAUAUUCGGAGAUAAACGCUCCGCAAAAAAAAAGUGUCCCCCCCCCCUCUAACUUUUGAACCAUAGGUCAAAUAAUGUAAAAAAAAUCGUAGAAGUAUAGCUUAAGAAAGACAUUAAAUGAAAAUUAUUGCGGACAUGAUCAGUUUAGCUAUUUUUGAGUUAUCGCAAAAAGUUUCCCCUUCAUAGUAAAAAGACGUACAUUCACAGUUCACACUUUAAGCUCCAGUUUAGCUUAUUGUGAUGGAAGAGUAACUACGGAACCCUACUCUGAGCAUGGCCCGACACUUGGCCGGUUUUUUUAUUGUAACUUUUUUAAGUCUUCUUAACUGUUACUACAGUACAGGGUGGGCCAGUGAUAUAUUAUCUUUUCGUCCCAACCGCUUUCGUUAGAUAUACAAUCUAGAAAAAUGAGAAAGGUGUCAUUUAAAAGAAAAAAUUAAACAUUUUUUUAUUUUAAAUGGUGCCUUACACGGGAAAACAGCGAGCGUUUAGCAUCCAAGCUUAUUUUGAAAACAAUCGUUCUUAAGAGCAAUUUUAAAUGAUUAUGUUUAUAUAUUUUUGUACAAUAUUUUAUGAUAGACAUUUAUACGAUUUAGAAUUAAGACAUGUUAAAAUUGAUUAUGAGCCUUGUAGCUUGAAAUAAAUGUUUUUUUUUUUUAUGUGACUGAUCGUCGGCGUUUUCGACUUAAGUUCGGAUUACGCAGUAUCCUUGAGUGUCCAAGUACAAAUUUAAUCAAACAAUGGAUAUUCCAUUGACAUAUAACUAAGGACGGGCCUUAAGGGCAAUAAGAAUGGGGUCAGUACAGCGGUGUCACGCACACGAAUUCGAGCCAAUCGUGUAGUCUUUACUGCCAUUUUUCGACACAUGAUUAAAACUGAGAACGCCAGACACUAUUCUUUCCCUGAUAUGUUUUACAUUAAAUAUCAAAAAGUGACGCCAUUUAAUUUAAUAGAUCAUAGGCCAAAGGUAUGGCGGACUCUCAUUUCUGACCUUUGUGUUGCUAAUGUUGCUUAAAUGCCAUGAGUCCUAUAUAGACAUUUGAUCCUCAGGAAAAUCAAGAUCGUUUGACAUUAUUUACAAAAAACAGUCAAGUAGCCAAUUAGGUUGCGUUGUUUAAUCACGGAGUUGCUAUGGCCACCUGUCUCCAUCAGAUCAGCUUGAUGGUGCCAUAAUAUUGCAUUGGCACCCGACUUACAUAUUUAUGGGAAAUCGGGAAGUGGAUAAAAUUUAGCUUCUAAAAAUCUACCCACACUAACAUAUAUUCAUAGAUACUAACAGGGCAAGUUAUAUCUAUGUAUGUUUGUAUAUUUUCAAAUAAUAGUUUUCUUUAUAUUAAUUAAAAUUUCAACUGGCCAAAAAGGUUGUUCAGGUACUCAAAACCGGAACAUUGGCCCUAUAUUCUGCUGUUUGAUGAAUGAUGAUUUUUAAGGGGCUCCCCGCGGUUUAUAUCUAUUUUUGACUUGUUUUGAGUCGUUACUCCUACAUUUGCACUAUAGAUAUAAUUCUAAGACAAACGGAUAUCGGUUCUCUCCAUUCUGGUCUGCCGGGUUUUAACCCUUUGAACGCCACGCGUAUCGUACGCGGCGCGUAAUUGUGAAGUUGUCGGUACGCAUGAAGGUUGAUAUUGGGCUGUAGCCGCGCGCGUCAUAUGACGUCUUUGGCGGUCAUAAGGUUAAAAGAAAUGAACACUUUUUUUUGUCAUAAAGUCUUUUUUCGUCACUCGAUUGCUGUGAAGGAUUUUACAUGUACCAUAAUCUACACAUUUGGGUUCGUUUUCGACGUAUCUAAAAACUGUACCCCUAGUGUAACUUUGAUCGACAUCAUAACGUGACGAACGCGUUUGCGUUAAGUCUCAUUUUGUAUAGGAUUUUGAGUUUCCAAAACGUCCCGCUUGGCGCGCUCUUUCGAAAUCCAAUACAAAAUGAGACUAAACGCAAACGCGUACGUCACGUUUGGAAAUCGAAUUUAUUUACACUAGGGGUACUGAUCAGAGAUUUUAAAUUUUAAACUAAUUAACACAAAAGUUAUAGCCAGUAAACCAGUUUUUUGGACUAAAAUUGUUCAACUUUGAUGCCAAAUAUCUCGAAGACAAUGAACUUUGAAGUAAAUAUGUGACACUAUACUGCGUACAGCCCUUGCUGUUAAUGUGAUACGCUACAAAAAACUUUAUAAAACUAAGGGAUUCAGAUCGAAGGUCAUUAGCGUUAGGGACCCCCUUAAUUGAUGUUUGUACAGACAGUCAAUGUUUGCCACGACAGAUAAGUCUUGAUGAAGGUUAGGGUAAUUCAGCUAAUGGUUUUUCGAUAUAAACAAACAAUAGGAAAGCCCGUCACAGACGGAGCGACUAUCAAAAAUGUACGAUAAGAUACUGACAUAUAUUCAUAUCAUAAUUAGAAUAAGUAAACUGAACUGGACUGUGUAUCUCGGUGAGGACUGUCGUGGAGGAAAAUGCAUGUUUUACGUGUAAGUUAGUUUUAAUAGAACCUUAUGUACAUUUUACUCUGUUUGUUCUCCUAAUAAAUAAAAUAAAAAAUAAAAUAAAAUAAGUAUACCACUCGCUAACGAUACCAAAAUAUAUAUCGCAGUCUGUCUAGGGGCUCCUCUACACGAUGCCCCAGCGCUGGACUAGCGAGAUGGCCAUGCGAUGGUGAUGGCCCCUCUACACGAUGGCCCAGCGCUGGACCAGCGAGAUGUCCAUGUGAUGGUUGAAACGCAAAUACACGAUAUAGUUCUGGAAUGGGUCACGUGUAAUGCGUACUGCCAUCGCCGGUCCACUACCUUUGAUGUGCGGACGAAUAACCGACACCGUGGCCAUCCCAUCGCCAUCCCGCCACGCCAUAAGCCAUCCGACACCACUGCGCUCUCCACACGCUGGCCCAUCUUAGUGGGUCAGUAUGAUGGCCCAUCGUUUACAUAGCAUCUACACGAAAUAUACCAAAAUAUAUCGUAAUAUACCGAGCUAUAUAUCGCAAGGUAUCUUAAGAUGCCUAGCAAUAAGAUGUAAGAUACCAAAUUAUAUAUUAUAGCUUCUUGUGUGGACUCUGUCAAAUGGUACGCAAAGUAUAUUGAAAGAUACCUUGCUAUAACAUAUCUUUUGGUAUAUUAUCGCUUCGUCUGUGUCGGGCUUAAGAGGCUGUCAAUACCUAAAGCGCGCACACUGUCUAUUUGUAUCGGAGUAAAUGAGAUAGCACUGUCGCAUGUUACUGGGCCUGGGCAAGGGAAUAAUAAGAAAAAUAUUUAAAUAAAAAAAGUGGAUUAUUAGUGUAAUAUUUAACUCGACCACGGUUUAGAUAUAAAUGUUUUGAAAUUGUGAUUUUAAUUGCAGACCCAUAAGUCAAAACAAUAAAGACAUAAAACCGUUUAAUUGUGAUUUUAA